UGGGCCUGACCACGAGUCGAAACCCCAGCCACCAUCUCGUUCUCAUCUUUCUGUUCCACUGAAAUUCCCGGGGAACAAACACUCACUUCCAAGGAUAAAUCCUCAAGGUUGAUUUACACGCUAGUGGCUGUGCCGCGACGUGCGGCGAGAGACAUGUCUGUGCAGUGCACCGCAAACUCACUCCGGGCUCUUGCUGCCCUCCCGGCGCCAUCCCCCUCCCGCCGCCUGGCGAGAAAUGAAUUCCUUAUGCCAUGCCGCCCGAGUCGCACCGGUGCGCUGGUCCGAGCUGCGGAUUCUUCGCCUCCUGCCGCACCCGCGUCAUCGUCCGGAGCAGCCGACGACAAGGCCGUCAUCCCCGACGAUGAGUUCACCCUCGCCAAGGUGUCUUUUGGCGUGAUUGGACUAGGGAUAGGUGGCUCCCUCUUGUCGUAUGGAUUUGGGGCGUAUUUCAAUCUUCUCCCUGGUUCGGAGUGGUCUGCUCUGAUGCUAACCUACGGAUUUCCUCUCACAAUCAUAGGCAUGGCCUUAAAGUAUGCUGAACUGAAACCAGUGCCCUGCAUAACCUACUCUGAUGCUUUCGCUCUAAGAGAGAAGUGUGCUACCCCUAUCCUCAAGCAG